CGGCGCGGGCGGCCGGGCAGCUCCAGCAUGACCGGCCAGAGCCUGUGGGACGUGUCGGAGGCCAACGUCGUCGAGGACGGCGAGAUCCGCAUCAAUGUGGGCGGCUUCAAGAGGAGGCUGCGCUCGCACACGCUGCUGCGCUUCCCGGAGACGCGCCUGGGCCGCCUGCUGCUCUGCCACUCGCGCGAGGCCAUGCUGGAGCUCUGCGACGACUACGACGACGCCCAGCGGGAGUUCUACUUCGACCGCAACCCCGAGCUCUUCCCCUACGUGCUACACUUCUACCACACCGGCAAGCUGCACGUCAUGGCCGAGCUGUGCGUGUUCUCCUUCAGCCAGGAGAUCGAGUACUGGGGCAUCAACGAGUUCUUCAUCGACUCCUGCUGCAGCUACAGCUACCACGGCCGCAAAGUGGAGCCCGAGCAGGAGAAAUGGGAUGAGCAGAGCGACCAGGAGAGCACCACGUCCUCCUUCGACGAGAUCCUGGCCUUCUACAACGAUGCCUCCAAGUUCGAUGGGCAGCCCCUGGGCAACUUCCGCAGGCAGCUGUGGCUGGCCCUCGACAACCCGGGCUACUCGGUCCUGAGCAGGGUCUUCAGCGUCCUGUCCAUCCUGGUGGUGUUGGGGUCCAUCAUCACCAUGUGCCUCAAUAGCCUGCCGGACUUCCAAAUCCCUGACAGCCAGGGUAACCCUGGAGAGGACCCCCGGUUCGAAAUUGUGGAACACUUUGGCAUUGCCUGGUUCACAUUCGAGCUGGUGGCCAGGUUUGCUGUGGCCCCAGACUUCUUCAAGUUCUUCAAGAAUGCCCUAAACCUUAUUGACCUCAUGUCCAUUGUCCCCUUUUAUAUCACUCUCGUGGUGAACCUGGUGGUGGAGAGUACGCCUACCUUGGCCAACUUGGGCAGGGUGGCCCAGGUCCUGAGGCUGAUGCGGAUCUUCCGCAUCCUGAAGCUGGCCAGACACUCCACUGGCCUCCGCUCCCUGGGGGCCACCUUGAAGUACAGCUACAAAGAAGUAGGGCUGCUCUUGCUCUACCUCUCCGUGGGGAUCUCCAUCUUCUCUGUGGUGGCCUACACCAUCGAAAAGGAGGAGAAUGAGGGCCUGGCCACCAUCCCCGCCUGCUGGUGGUGGGCCACUGUCAGUAUGACCACUGUGGGCUAUGGGGACGUGGUCCCAGGGACCACAGCAGGGAAGCUGACUGCCUCUGCUUGCAUCUUGGCAGGUAUUCUUGUGGUGGUACUGCCCAUCACCUUGAUUUUUAACAAGUUCUCCCACUUUUAUCGGCGCCAAAAGCAACUUGAGAGUGCCAUGAGAAGCUGUGACUUUGGAGAUGGAAUGAAGGAGGUCCCUUCAGUCAAUUUAAGGGACUACUAUGCGCAUAAAGUUAAAUCCCUCAUGGCGAGCCUGACGAACAUGAGCAGGAGCUCACCAAGUGAACUAAGUUUAAAUGAUUCCCUACAUUAGCCGGGACGCGUUGUCACCCUGAAACCCACCUUGCUGAGCUGCUUUUUGUGCCUCGGGCAGCUUUGGGUUAUGGUGUAAGGAGUCUUCCCAAGCCCUGAGGGGAGAUGCAUGGGAUAGCACGCCAGGUCGCUGCUAUGGUACUUAGAGUCACUUUUGGAGGGUGGUGUGUCUAACACCAUGUCUUUGCACCUUUCAACAAAAUGACACUCACUGGUCUUUGCAUUGUGGGCAUAAAAUGUUCAUCUUUCUGCCAGCUGAGUACCCAGAAUGCCAGUUUCUCUGUCCACUGUGUACACUGUUCCAGUGCUUGUGCUCCGGUAUUGUCUGUGAGUUGUUUGUGCUCCUGUUUCUGAGGUUGUCAUGUGAGUUCUAUACAAAAGAAGCUCCCCCCUACAAGUCUGUCCAGUAGAAAUGCGUCUGUCUGUGAAGUCAGCAAGGAUAGCAUGAGAUUUUGCUUACUGUCGUGUGAAAACAAAAUCUCAAUUCUUUAUCCAUUGCUUUCACUUAGUUUUAAUACCAAAACAAAGAGAAUGCAAAGUUAAGCACACAUGACCAGUGCAAGUCUGUGUGUUGUUUUUUUAAAUGUUCUCUAGCUCUGUGGCUUGCAUGGGUACAGCAGUCAUUUUUAGAAAGAUGUGCUCUCAUAUUCAUCUUGUACAUGUCACUCUCUAGAGAGUGUUACUCAGUUAAACAUGUAGUGAAGACUGAAGCUUUUCUUUCCAAAUACAGAUGUAUUAGAGACAGGGACUUCAGCUAAACACUGACUCAGUCCCCAGCUGCUUAACCCUGAGUCCGGGCAGGCUGGGCCUUCCACCUGUGGUCAGGCCUCUGUCUUUCCCCGGGUGAUCAGACAGACAUUGGUUCCUGGUCUAGGCCACUUGACCAAAGUUGUGUCAAAGCUAUGUCUUCUAUAUUAGCAUGUUUUUUGAAAUAUUUAUUUCUUAAGGCGUUUAGGAAUAAGGUUAUGUUGUCUUCUUCAGCCUAGAAGAGGUUUACUGUUGUCUUGCUGAUGUGAGCAUUGUUAGGUUGCUAGCAAGGGCAGCAGCCUAAAUAUCUUUGUGGCCUGCUCUGAAAGCUCGUAAAAUGAGAGCCCUUUUUAUUUCCAAGCAGAAUUUGCUGAGAUAACUUUGCUUCUAGGAUACAGCAUGUUGUGUAUGAUGUUCGGACUGCCUCAGAGUUCCUGCCGUGACAUGGAAACCCGGUGAUGAAGAAGUGUAGACUCCCAGUAUAGAUGUGCAGAAGGCAGCGUGGCCUCCCCAGGAUGGAUACAGUAUGCUUUUUACUUCUGUUCCAAUUGUCACUUGUCAGAGGAGGGUGGGUAGAGGCUAGGAGAAAGAGAAGAGUUAGAAAAUGAACAACUGCUAUUUCAUACGUGUCCUGAACAAUUAUAAACUUUGAGAAAAAGCUUAAGGCUAUUUCAAAGGCCUUUAAACUUCUAGGCUUGUGUGUUGAUGGGAGACCACUCUUUCCUUUUCCAAAAUGCGCCAGCUCCUCCUCUUGAGUUAGCCCGCACAAUACAUUGUGAAGGGGAUCCUGGGCCCCUUUGUAAAAUAAUUUUUUCCAUCAUCUUCUCAGUAAUCUGAUGGUUUUCCAGGUGGCUUUUACUAUGGUGUAGUCUUUGCCAGGGCUGUAGAAUCCACAUCUAAGCAUGGAGUUAGGCAGGCUUUGUACCCAAAGCUUGGGCCUCCUCGUAAGAGGCCCAUUUUGCAUUUUAGUUGGUUGAGGGCAAUCCAUACCUUGCAGGGGUGUGGAGAGGAUCUCACAGAGGGCUUUUGUGUACUUGUAGUUACUACUACAGUGUGGGCAAUUUGUUGGAUGAAUGUGCUGGCCACUCCCGCCCCUGAGCCUCCAGCUGAAAUCCUUCCACAGCCUGGAGUCUUAUGAGGGGUGGAGAGGUGGCCACCUCUUAGUGCCUACCUCUGUUUCUCAGAGAAAUCAGGACAGGUGAGCUGAUGUAAAGGCAACUGGCCGAUGAGUCAGGAGAGCAGGGUUAUUUUUCAGAAUUUGCACUUGGAACUCGGCUUGGGCUGAGGUUUUUCAGCCCAGGAAGGGAGGAAAUGUAUAAAAUCAUCCCCAGCUGCACUGAGGGCAAGUGACAGACUUGUGAGGACUGGUUAGUUUGCCAAGGCUGGUGGUCUCGGGUCACUGAGUGUGGUACCCAUGGUCGCUGACCAUGAGAUUAUGCAAAGUAAAAAAGAAGCGGAAUAACUCAGUCUCUCUUGUGAAUCUUUUUCUGAACAAGCAGGUUUACCACCAACAAAGUGGCACUCCGAGUGGUUGCCUUUGCAGAUGUGAAAGCUGGAAAACUUGACUUUUCUUUUUGGUAAUGACUUUGCAUUUUUCUGGUGCCUUUCAUUGGGGGAAAUCCCACAGUGCUUUAGAGACUGUGUUUUUAACAUCUCUUGUACAUAUAUGUAUACUUGUAAAAAAUAAUAUUUCUUUGUCCACUGGGACCUCCUGUCACUUCUGAGCGUGAGACUGUUGCGGUGGCAUCCAGUCCUGCAAGGGGUGGUUUCAGAGAAUGGGGAGACGGAACAGCAGGCUGGUUUGAACACUGCAUGAAUUCCCACAAAAGAUGGAGACCCAGGUGUGGCCCUGGGAACCUCUUCCACCUCCAAAGUCACCAAGGCAGGAAGCUCACGAGCACUGUCUCGGAGACAUGGUCUUUGACUAACCUUGCUGGGCAAGAGCUCGUGUAGCAGUACAGCCUUCUCUGGUCCCUGGAGCGAGGCAGGGAGGAUCGGGUUAAUUUCCUGGCUUGUUCUUGGAGUAAAAGCUGUAUGCACAAGGACACCUUUGGCUCGCAGGCUGUCAGACUGACCCAUAAACCUCCUUUAGGAGGACACAGUGGACACAAGAUCAUUUCUAGCCGUAGACUUGAGAGCAGCUUCACUCCCAACAUAUGCAAGCGGCUCUUUUCAAUGCCAGGUUUUAUCACAGCUUACGGGAUGAGCAUCUAAGGGGUUGGGCUGGGAAGUGACAUUAGUUCACUACACAGAUGCACCUUGUCUCAGAUUUGUGGUUUUUACCAAAACCCUAAUUUCCUGGGUUUGCUGCUAAGCAGGGGCAUGUUGUAAUGCCGAGCUGAUUUAUAGCUCAUCAGGUAGUAAUUGGCAUUUAAUAUUUGGAUUUGUUGUUUCUACUUAUCUUAGCACUCAAGUCAUUGAACUACCUGCUAAUUCUCGCCUCAUUUCAAAGAAAAUGAUUUGUUAUGCACUUUGGGAUAGCAGUGAUCUGUAUGGGCUGCGUGAUAUGUACUUGAAGGCUGAACUGCUAUUUCUUGUAUGUUGUAACAGCAUGACUUGUUGCAGAGUUGUAAUUUUAAACAUUGAGAACGCUGUAUUUGCGAUGUCAGUUUUAACACUCGUUAACACACUACUGCGCGAGCAUCGCCCUGGGCUCUGCGGAGCCAUUCUGUCUGAUUGCUGUGCUGCCUCUCCAUGUCUUCACUUGGGAGUGAGGUGCGUGGCUGACCUGCAGUGGCCUCAGCCUUGCAGAUGUGAAGAUUAAACAGAAAACAACCAUCUACGCUUCCCUGAGGCCCUUCAAUUCCAUAGGGUGUGGCCAGUCCAGGACAUUUAAAGUUGGGAACCAGACUU